CCUACAACAUGGCAUCUUUUUCGAAACUCGAGGAUCUGGACUUGACCCGGGACGAAGUGGAGCGCUUUUCCACAGCGUUUAAAGAUGAAAAGUUUAGAAAAAUGCUGUGCGAGUACGCGGAGGAAAUUUCCAGUCCGGAAAAUAAGAAAAAGUACGAAGAGGAAAUCACUCAACUCGAAAAAGAGAGGGGCAUGGACAUUAAGUUCGUGCAUCCCAAACCUGGUUAUGUCCUCAAAACCAGUGUUAAUGGGGACCAGAAAUGUUUCAUCAAUGUCUGCAGCAACGACCUGAUACAUAAACCCUUUUGCAAAGCUGAAAAGGGUGCCAACGGGACGGUCGGACAACAUUGGUCUCUUCCAUACAGUCUGGCGCCGGGGAGAGAAGAUCUGGGUAAAGGUGGCAGAAAACACAUGAUAUAUGAUGUGGUGUUUCAUCCAGACACUUUGUACAUGGCGAAUAAAAACAAGAAGUUUAAAACAAUGGUAGAUCAAACUUCAAUUGAAGUGAUAGAGAAGCAACUAAAUGCCAAACUAGAUUCAAGAAACUUUAAAACUUUAAAAGUAAAGUACAAGGGAAUGCCCGAGGCUGCUGUCAUUCGAAAACCUAUUCCUGGUGUUCCCAAGAAACCUCCAGAUGAUGAUGACCCUUUACAGUUUCCUUAUCCUUUUGGUUCCCUAAAGUCAGAAACUCCCUCUGGGCAUGGCACAAAAUCUAAAACAACAAGCAAAAGUGCAGAAACUGCAAUGAAAGACAAGAAUACAAAAUCACAAGACAGCAAAUCUACUCAACCCAAAUACUCCAUUAUUCACAGGUCACAUAUUGAUUUGCAAGAUUACCGAUAUGCUCGUGACGCUGCUUCCAGCACCAGACCUAAAGAGCUGGUGAUUGCUAUUGACCUCCCUUUGCUUAAGUCUGCUGAGAAUGCUUGUUUAGAUGUAACUGAGCAAUUUUUAAGUUUGGAGUCACAGAAACCAGCUUACAAGCUUGAUUUGCAUCUACCUUAUCCAGUAGAUGAAAAUCUGGGGUCAGCUAUGUUUAACAAAUCUAAGAGGCAGCUUGUGGUUACUUUGCCUGUGCUACCUAUGAAGCAAGCCCUAGAAGUGGGACAGUUUUCUGCUGGUGACUUUAAACAAACCAGGAAUGAGUCCACAGAGAGUGGCCAGUUACUUUGUAAAUCAGAUUGUCAGCUUGAAGGAUAUUCACAUCAACAAAAUGGAGGGCGUUUUGGUGAUGGUGUGAAUCCAGAAAGUGAAUUUGAAUUUAGCACCUUGCAGGUUUCCACUUUGGUACAAUCUGAGAACAAUGAACACUUCAAACUGAACGAAAGCAAAACUUUUACAGAGUCAACUGCUAAAGAGGUUGCGAUAGUUUCAAAUAAGACUUUAGCAAAACCAAAUGAUGUAAUUGCUUCUUCCAAACUUGUUUCAGAGGUAGAUCGUGAAGAACAGGAAAAUGUUGCAAAAGAAGGUGCCAUUGCAAUUAGUGGUAAAGAAUCUCUUGGGACUUUGGAAAAGGUAUGCAGUCCUUCUGCAGAUGAACAGGUAGAUGUAGGUGCAGAUUCAUCUGCAAACACUGCAUUCUACUAUGGUGACUAUUUAAAGAAAACCGAACCGGUAUGCCCUGAUUUCCAUUACCAUCAAAAUAAAGACACUAUAACAUUCGUAUUGCAUGUGCAAAAUAUUAAUGAAGAAAGCUUCAAGUCAGUACUUCACACUCAUGACUAUAGGGUUGUAUUUGGGACUCAGGACUCUGAUGUUUUAUAUUCCUUGAUUGUUCAAUUUCCUCCAGAACAUCAGCUGGACACCGCAGAAAGCGUAGUUAAUAUAUCUAAAGACAAUGCUGCAGUCGUGUUAAUGAAGUCACCUGAGUGUCGAGGCUUGUGGCAAAGCUUUCAUGCUGGAGAAUCAUGCAACUGUUUGCAGAAAAAUCUAUGUGUAACUUCAGAAAAUAUCAAUCAAUUCUUGAGUACCAGUUUGGAGGAUCCAGUCACAAAUGAGCUACCAGAAAAACAUCCUUUAAUUAGUGUUGUGGAAAUCAGUGAAAGUGGCCUUGUUAUUCAUUCUAAGCAACAAGAGAGUGAGAACACCAGUUCCCAGGGACUUUCUCUGAAACUAGACAAGGUUAACCACAAUGAAGCUUGUAAUGCUGCAAACGUUCAAAAACAGACAGAAGAAACCAGUGUCUCUGAAUCUAUUGCAGAAGGUAAAAUAUUGGAAGAAGAGACACCAUUGGCAAAUGAUGCUGUUGAAUUUGUAUCUAAUGACAAAUACCAGUUAGUUGCUAUGGCAGGCACUGAUAAUUUUUUGGAGACAACUAAUGCAGGAGAAGGAACAAAUAAUGAAGUUCCAAAUUAUGACAGGAAUCAAUUGACGCACAGUAACUGUUGGACUUCUGUUAAUGCGAGUAAACUUAUUAGUGAGGUUAAAAUGAAAAGUGAGUCACCCUCUCACGCAAGUACAAUAUGUGUUGACAAGCCACUAUCUGUAAAUGAUGAACCACUACUUGUAAACUGUGAAAAAUCAGUACAUUUUAAACAGUGUACAGAAGUAGAUGAUAAUGUACUUGAUGAAGAUGACUUUCCAAGUAACCAGAAAGAUGAGAACACUCCCAAGUUUAUUAAUACUACAGCUCCACUGCAAAUUCUUGAGGAAAUCAAUCCCAAUGACCAAAGUGUUAAAAUUAUAAGUGACCAUAAAACAAAAUCUGCAUUUAAUUUCCAAAGUAUGGAGUUGUACCAACUAGACUAAAGAAAUGUUUGAAAUGGUUAGAAGGGAAACUUUAACUUUAUUGUGCCCAAUUUAAGGCUUGGCAUUGUAGGGGUCAGAAUGAACCAAGAUUGUGUCUGAAGUUUAAAACUGUGAUACAUUAGUAUAGGUUAGUUUGAAUUUUAAAUCGCAUUCCAAAUCACAAAAUAAGUUUUUGUUUAGCUUAUGGCCAUGUAAUAACAGCCAAACUGGCAAUUUAUGACCAUAGAGUCAAAGAUGUACAGCAUGGAAACAGACAUUUUGGUCCAACUCAUCUAUGCUAUCCAGAUAUUCUAAAUAAAUCAAGUCCCAUUUGCCAGUAUUUGACCUAUGUCCCUCUAAAUCCUUGAUAGUCACAUACUCAUGUAGAUGCCUUUUAAAUAUAAUUGUACCAGUCUCCACCACUUCCUUUGGUAGCUUAUUCCAUACAUGCACCACCCUCUGUUUGAAAAAAUUGCCCCUUACGCUCCUUUUAAAUCUUGCCCCUUAGGCUCCUUUUAAAUCUUGCCCUUAUCACUUUGAACCUAUGCCUUCUAGUUUUGGAUUCCCUACCCCAGGGAAAAGACCUUGUCUAUUUACCCUAGCCAUGCCCUUCUGACUUUCUACACCUCCAUAAGAUCACACCUUAUCUUCCAGCACUACAGGAAAAAGCCCCAGCCUAUUCAGCCUCUCCCUAUAUCUCCAACCCUGGCAACAUCCUUGUAAAUCUUUUCUAAACCCUUUAAAUUUCACAACAUACUUCCUAGAGCAAGACCAUCAGAACUACAAGCAAUAUUCCAAUAGUGGCCUAACCAAUGUCCUGUACAGUUUCAAUAUGACCUCCCAAUUUCAAUGCAAGAUCAAUAAAGGUAAGCAUACCAAUCUCCUUCAUGAUCCUCUCUACUUGCAACUCCACUUUCAAUGAACUAUGAAUCUGAACUCCAAGGUCUCUGUUCAGCAACACUCCCCAGGAUCUUACCAUUAUGUCUCUAAGUCCUGCCCUGAUUUGUCUUUCCAAAAUGCAGCACCUCAUAUUUAUCUAAAUUAAACCCCGUCUGCCUCUCAUCGGCCCAUCUGAUCAAGAUCCCCUUGUACUUGGACAUAACCUUCGCUGUCCACCACUCCUCCAUUUUUGCUACAUACUUACUAAUCGUACUUCCUAUGUUAACAUCCAAAUCUUUUUGAUUUAAAUGACGAAAGCAGUGGACCCAGCAUUGAUCCUUGUGACAUACUGCUAGCAUAGUUUGUGAUUUGUAAUUAAGUCUGCAGACUUCUCAGGAACAGCUGAUUUUUUCGGCUAUGUAUUAUCAUUCCUGUUUUUGUUGCAUCUCUUGCAAUUAACUUUACCUGGGAAGUAUAGAGUAUAAUUUU